AUGGGUUUCGACGCUAAUAAGCCGGAGCACAAGGUUGUGAUAUCCGGUAUUGCUGGACGUUUUCCAAAAUCCGAAAAUGUAACCGAGUUUCAGAAGAAUCUGCUGAACAAAGUCGACUGCGUCACUGCCAAUCAUGGUAGAUGGGACAUCGAUUCACCGAAAAUACCACAACGAUUAGGCGUGUGUAGCAACAUUGCAAAAUUCGAUCGGGUCUUUUUCGGAGUCCACACCAGACUCACCGCUAUCAUGGACCCUGUAUCGAGAUUACUGCUGGAACAUAGUUUCGAGGCAAUUAUGGACGCUGGUAUAAAUCCUCGAAGUUUGAAAGGAGCAAAUAUCGCCGUGUUCACGGCUACAAAUCUGUCGGAAUCGGAAAAGACCGUGUUUCAUCACAAAGUACAGCAAGACGGUUUCGGUAUUAUGGGCAGCAGCAAAGCCAUGAUCCCGAAUCGCAUCUCAUUCUUUCUCGGCUUGAACGGGCCAAGUGUGAACAUGGAUAGUGCAUGCGCCGGCUCUGGUUCGGCUCUGGAGCGCGCUUAUCAUUCUAUUAAGGCAGGUCAUUGCGACGGCGCGAUCGUUGCCGGCGGCAUUUUGUCCCUGCAUCCACACAUCUCUUACCAGCUGAAAGCUUUAGGCAACUUUGCGCUUUUUCAAAUUUUAAUUUUUUUGUUCAAAAUUAAUCAAAAAGAAAAAGAAAAAAUACGAAUGAUAAUUACCUUUAUAUUCUUUCCUCGAGCAGGCCUCCUGUCAGCCGACGGCUACACAAGAAGCUUCGACGACAGCGGCGACGGCAUGACUCGUAGCGACGGCAUAGCUGUGCUCUUCCUGCAGCGGGAAUCCGACGCCAGGCGAAUCUACCACGAGGUGGUGAACGUUCGCAGUAUGCACGUACCGUGUCACAAAAUCAACAACGUCAUGUACCCCAAGUCCGAGCCUCAGGCCGAGCUAAUGAACGAAUUGUUGAAUGAGAGCGGAGUCAGCCCUAAGGACGUCGGUUUCGUCGAGGCCAGUGGCGUUGGUAUCAACGAUAUGGAUGCCGAUGAGCUCAAUGCCAUCGAUGCGGUGUACGGAAAACGAGAAAAGCCUAUUCUCGUCGGCUCCGUCAAGAGCUCCGUCGGUGACGCCAUUUCUGCAAACACCAUCAAUGGUAUUAUUAAGAUGAUAGUGGCAUCAGAGACUGGGCAGAUUCCGCCUAAUUUACAUUACGAUAAGCCCAACUCAAAGGUCCCUGGCUUGAAAGAGGGUAGGAUACGCAUUCCUACAGAGGUGACUCCAUGGAGCGGAGAAUAUUAUUCCGUAAAUACGACGGCGAUCAGUGGCGUUUUCCUGAACGCUCUUCUCAAGCCGUCUAAAAUCGAGAAAAAGAACAACGGCGUACCCGAUGACGAUCUUCCCCGACUUGUUAUCGUCUCGGGUCGUACGGAAGAGUCGAUCUCCUCACUUUUGAACUUUAUGCAGACUAGGCCUCUUGAUGUAGAACUGUUGCAAAUGUUUUACGACAUUUUUCAAAGCGAAAUCGAUGCUCAUCUGUACCGUGGGUACGCGAUAGUACCGGCAAAGGGAGUUGCUCCACCAGAAGAGAAGAAACAAGAAAUCCUCUUUAUCGCCGGGGAAAAACGCCAGGUCUGGUGGAUCUUCUCUGGAAUGGGAUCGCAAUGGGUUGGAAUGGGUGAGACCUUGCUAAAGUUACCAGUGUUCGAAGCCGCUAUAAGAAAGUGCGACGCUGUUUUGAAACCACACGGAUUCGAUAUCUUCAAAAUUAUAACCGACAAAGACCCAAAAACAUUCGAUCUGAUCAUCAACUCCUUCGUUGGAAUAGCUGCUAUACAGAUCGGUUUGGUAGACGUUCUGAGGUCCGUUGGUCUUGAACCAGACUUCAUCAUUGGUCACUCGGUCGGUGAACUUGGAUGUGCUUACGCCGAUGGAUGCUUCUCUGCCGAGCAAAUGAUAAUGGCAGCUCUGUCUCGAGGUUUGGCAUCUACCGAGACAAAGUUGGAGAAAGGUUCGAUGGCAGCCGUAGGUCUUGGCUACGAAGAUAUAAAGCCGUUGUGCUCUCCGGACAUCGACGUCGCUUGCCACAAUGGACCUGAAAGCUCUACGAUUAGUGGACCUGCAGAGUCCAUGAAGUCGUUUGUUGCUAGUUUGACGGCGAAUGGAAUCUUUGCAAGGGAGGUUCCUUGUAGUAACAUCGCUUACCACAGCAGGUAUAUUGCACCCGCCGGUCCUAAGCUUCUGGAGCGAUUGCAAAAGGUUAUUCCAAAUCCUAAUCCUCGAAGUUCCAAGUGGGUGAGCUCUUCGGUCCCCAAAGCAGAAUGGAACUCUAUGAAGGCUCGUCUGAGCUCAGCUGAAUACCACACAAACAACUUGUUGAGUCCUGUUCUAUUUGACGAAACUUCUCGAUUGAUCCCACCACAUGCAAUUUGUGUUGAAAUUGCACCACACGGAUUGUUACAAGCCAUCUUGAAGAGAUCCUUACCUGAAAGUUGUGUCAACAUUGCACUGACAAGAAGAGGGCAUUCAGAUAAUUUGGAAGUUCUGUUAACUGGAUUGGGUAAACUGUACAAUGCAGGAUUACAUCCACAAGUUUCUAAUCUGUAUCCGAAGGUACAGUACCCAGUUGGUAGAGGAACGCCUUCAAUAUCUUCUCUUGUCAAGUGGGAUCACGAUACUGACUGGCUGGUUAACUUCUACACACCAGUGGAUGAAGUAAAGGAAGGAGAGAGGACAGUAGAAAUAAACUUGAAUGACGAAGAAUAUAAGUAUCUUCGAGGAAAUGUUGUCGAUGGAAAAGUAGUUCUUCCUGUUUCACUGUGUUUAGUUCAGGCUUGGGAAAUUUUCAAGAGCUUCGAUACGCAAACAUCAAACGACAUUGUAUUUGAUGAGAUAAAAAUUCACAAACUGACUGUGCCAGUUCCUGAUAAUGAAAUAUUGAACUUCAUUGUCAUGCUUCCUAAAGGAACCGGAAAGUUCGAAGUUAUUGAAUCCGAUACUUUAGUCAUGUCUGGUACAAUACGAGAAACUAAAGCUCCAAGCCAAGAGCGUCUCGAUGACAAAAAUACGAAGCAUUUGGCAAGUGAGAAGUACAAAAUAAGUCAAAGAGAUUUUUACAAUGAAAUGGAAAUGCGUGGAUACCAAUACUCAGGAGAAUUCAAGAGUGUACUUGAAUCAUCGCUUGAUGGAGCCGAUGGUUUAAUCAGAUGGAACGAUAACUGGGUAACAUUGUCAUUGAUAAGACAAAGCAAGAAACGGCGGCUAAGACUUCAAAAGGUAAGUCAUCAUUUCACUGCACUACUGAAAUUAUGUAAGAAUAGCCCAGUUUUGCUAUGUAAAGUGCCUGUUACAGAUAUCCAUGCUAUGACGAACAAGAAAUUGAAUUAUGUAUCUGUUGGAGGAUUAGAAAUUCAAGGCCUCAAAUUUGCUGUGCUUCCAAAGAAUUUAGAACAAAACAGAAUAACCACCGAUGUUCAUACUCUCGUUCCAAAUGUGGUAAAGUCUUCAUUGUCACUGGCUACUAGUUUACGCGUGAUUCUACAAUUGAUUCUAGAAAAUACUUUUGUUGCAAAAAUACUGAGGCUUCAAUUGAUUGAAAGCAAGGAUUCGCAUAAACAUGACAAAUUCAAUUCGGCUCUUUACGAUAUACCUGAAGCCUCUUUGUAUGACAUCAAUACCAUAGCUUACGAAGAAGCUACGUUCAACAAAGCUUUGACUGUAAUAAUGGACAACCUUAAAGAUUAUGACUUAACUGAAAUAGCUGAAAAAUUGGGAAGAGGUAAAUUCUUCUUAGCAUUUGUGCCUAGUAAUCAAGAGGAUGAAUAUGUAAAAUCAGUCGAAGCUGCAGGACUCACUGUCAUUUUAAUUCAUAAACACUUCACGGAAACUUUACUGCUGUGCCGUAAGAAGCAAUCGUUUAAGAAUGUCCAAGUCAUCAAUGCUUCUAGAAAUAUUGAAGACACCAUCAGUAAAAUUAAUAACAUAAGACUUUCGUCUGAAAACGAACGCAUUGUCGUCCUCAAUAAAUCAGAAAGUAGUGCAAGCAUCACUAAAUUUUUAGAUCAAUUGGAGGAAUCAGUUAAUUUGAAAAGAGUAAGAUACUUUGAUGUUCAAGAUUCCAAUGUGUCCAACAAUGGAUUUAGUGACCCAUUACUCAAGAAGCAAUUAGAAUCAGACUUACUGGUCAAUAUUCUAACGCCUGAAAAAGUUUGGACUACACUCCGUCAUACAAAAAUCGCCCUAUCUCCAAAGCCAUGCAAAAGUUGGAAUGCGAAUCCGAUUCAUUCGCACGACCCAACCAAUGUGAGAUGGACUGAAGGUGCCGGUAUUGAAGACGUCAACAAUAUCGUGAAGGUCGAAUAUGCAGCAUUGAAUCCUCAAGAUGUUCUCAUAGCAAACAAAAGUUUCUAUGCCGAACCAUCUGAAUUGAUUGGAAAAAAUAGAAUUGUCCGCUCAAGUUUAGGUCUUGAAUUUUCCGGAUUAGAUUCCAAUGGCAACAGAGUGAUGGGAGUAACUCUAGGAAACUCGAUGUCGAACUUCGUUAGUGCUGACGCAAGCUGGACGUGGGCAGUGCCAAAAUCUUGGAGCUUUGAAGACGCAGCAACUGUUCCUCUUUCAUAUCUUGUAGCAUAUUCGGCUCUAAUAGUUAAAGCGGAAGUGAAAACAGGAGAAAAAGUUAUGGUUGUUAAUCCAUGCACUGGUUUUGGUCUAGCAGUUUUAAAUUUGGCAGUUCAGAAAAAAUGUGACGUCUUUGUGAGUUAUGAAACAGAAGCUGAAAAGAAGUUGUUGAAGGCAACAGUUCCUAGCAUUCCGGAAAAUCGAUUAAUCAAAAUAGUCGGUGAUACCUACCGAGACGACGUUCUUCUCAAGACUAAUGGCCAAGGUGUUGAUGUUGUCAUUUGCAAUAACUGCAAAGUCAAGAAAUUAGAAGUAUUUUUCACAAUAUCAAAACGUCAGGCUCGUGUUGUAUUAAUCAGCGAUUUGAAUGAAAGUACAAUUCACGAAACCAUUGGAAUGGAAAUCUUUUUGAAAGAAAUCAGUUUAUAUUCAGUUGUGCCCAAACGGAUAAUACUGGCAGACUCUGCGACGAAAAUUUCUUUAUCAAAUAUGUUGAAAGACGGAAUCAACUCUGGUAUUGUUAAGCCGCUAGCGAGAAAUAUCUACAAGCGGGAAUCGCUAAACGAAGCCUUUAACAAUUGUCUGAAUAAUACACAACUAGGAAAGAUUAUAGUCAAGGUACAACCAGAAGGUUCAAACAAAAAUGAAGCUCCGGCUCUACCGCGAAUAUUGUGCUCGAGCCAAAAAUCGUACUUAAUUAUCGAAGGUUUAACAGACUUUGGUUUGGAAUUGAUAGAUUGGUUAGUCACACGAGGUGCAAAACGUGUUGUCAUCGGUUCAUCUUUAAAUAACGACAAUGGAUACAAAAAUCUGCGUUUGGCACUUUGGCAAACCUACGGUGUGCAAAUCGUUUUGCAUAAACAGCUUGAUCUCUCACAACAGCAGACUAUCAAAGGCUUAUUUAAAGGAGCUUCAUCUCUCGGGCCAGUCGAUGGCAUUUUUGAUUUACGACGAACGGAUGUAAACUCUUCAGGUUCGAAAGACUCGCUGAUACUGACCACAAGGACGGCUGACGAAGAAUCAAGAUCUACAUGCCCAGAGCUGCGGUUGUUCGUUGUGUGUUCUGCAGUAGCAAAUGCUGGAAGCUUGACUUCAAUUAAGAAAUUUGGUCAAAUUAAGAGCAACGACAGUCUGCAAGAUGAAUUUGUCCAAGAGAUUUUGGAAAGAAGAAAAAAGAAUGGAUUACAUGGACUGUUGAUUUGUUGGGGACUUAAAAAUUCUACCAGGCACUACAAUAAUUCUGUGAAUACCAAUAUAACAUUGCCCCCCGUCAGCAAGUAUUUAGAAAAAUUGGACGAAAUCUUGGGAACUGAAGAAAAACUUAUUGAAGUUUCUUACGUUGUUUCAGCCACAAAUGAGGUUGAGGAAGAUCCCACAGAAAUCGAAGCUAUAGACGAAAACUCCGAAAAAAAGGAAGCUGGAGACUUUGUUCGAGGUCUUUACGAACAGUAUGGCGUUCAUGUCGAAGGAUUCUCAUAUUUACAAGUGUAA